UGAAGUUCACAGUGUUGAUGGUUUCCACACCAAACCAUUGUGUUUGCACACAAAAAAUGACUAAUGCGGAUUUUCUGGACUUGUGAACGCUUUUCUUCUCGCCGGUCUCCAGGCUCCGAUGGAGCUGCCUGACGAGAGGAUGAGCUUAAAGGAAGACUCAGAGGUGAGCCUGCAAGCCCAGCUAGCCGAGUGCCAAGCUCAGGUCGAGCACUGGCAGGGUGUGGCGACAAUCUGUGAGCUGAGCAAACAGGAGGAACUGGCAGAGCUGCAAAAACAAUGUGAUCAAGAGAUCCAGUCCCUGCAGGAGGCUCUCAGAGAGACAGCAGCUCAGUAUGAAGCCAGGAUCGCUGUGCUGCAGUCCCAGCCUGUGGACUGGAGGAGAUCCAGUGGACAGAACAUGGUCAGUAACAGGAAGGGCAGGGUAGAUCCAGACGUCUCCACUAACGAAUCCCCAACAUCGGUCGUCAACAGCUUAAUGGAGGACGAAGCGUCAACGCACAGAACGCAGAGUCGACCGGCAGAGCUGGAGGCAGCGGCAGAGGGGGAACCAGCGGCGCUUUCGACGGAGGGAUAUUUUUCACUACAGCACUGCGACUCGGCCUCGCUGUCCUCCUUCUCUCUGGACACGCCCUCUCUGCCCAGAAAACUCCUCGCUCAGGAAGAUACGGACUCUCUGGUUUCUACAGGAACUCUGGUGCCUGAAGCCAUUUACCUGCCGCCGGCUGGACACCGGCUCGUGACUCACAGCGACUGGGACUCGCUCAACGCGCAGCUGUCAGAGAUGCGAGGGGAAGUAAGUCGGCUGCAGGCGGAGAAGGAAGUGCUGGAGAGAGAACUGGACACGCAGACGAACCACACACACCAACAGGUAUCGAUGCUCCAGUCUCAGGUUCAGGCUUCAGAGGCCCUCCUUCAGGAUUUGCAGAAAUCUUUCAGCCAGUCUCAGAACGCAGUCCAGAGCCGGCUGGCAGAGUUGUCUCUGUCUCAGCGGAAAAUGUGCAGUGAUUUGUCCAAACUGAAAGGAGAGGAGGUGGACGGGGACGAACCAGACACCAGCUCAUCAUUCUCAGCCACACUGCAUGGAGCGCACUGUGAGGAGCGCCUUCGCAUUGAGAUUGUCAACCUGAGGGAGCAGCUGGACACUCGGACGGAGGAGAACGAAGUUUUAGAGGUGCAGCUUUCCACUCUGAGGACGGAGACGGAGAAGGUCCAGUCGCAGCUCCUGGCCUGUCGCACUGAGUUGGACGGCCUGCGGGUGGCGCUCACUCACCUACAGAACACCAACAAAGCCCUCAGCGCUGAAAAAGCAACUCUAAACCAAAAGCAUCUGGAGCUGCGAAGCCAAGUGAUCAGUCUGCGCUCUCAGCUCGACACCAGCCAGGCUGUCCAGAGAGACUUCGUCCAGCUCUCCCAGUCGCUUCAGGUGAAGAUGGAGUUGGUUCGACAGGCUGUGAGUCUGGAACAAGUCCAGGAAAUCCUGGAGGGCGGCGCCAGCGAAGCAGAUUCUCAGCCCGCUGAUGCCUCGUGAGUUUUAGGAACCAAAGAAGCAAUAUUAAAGAACUCGAAGGAGACCAGUAGAGCUCAGCUAACCACUCAAAAUCCAGGGACGGUGGAGUGAGCGAUGACUGGAGUGAGCGAUGAUUGGAGUCACUGCUGCUGGAGUUUGGGUUAUGACUCGAUCUACUCGUGGACACUUUGUCACAGAGGACGGUUUUAUCCAAGUCACAUAAACUGUUGCCUAAAACAGCAGUUCAGACCUUUUGAAUAUGGAUUCUGUGGGAAGGUUAUGAACAGUAAGUAUCUUACCUGUUGUAGAUAACUCUUUGAACAACCUUCGUUUGGAGAAAUAGCUGAAUUCUGACUGGACUGAUGAUCUAACGGUUCGUUUGAGCUGCCACUUUACAACAACCUUAACACUGCCAUCAAUUUUGCAUUGCGUCAUUGCACAGGAAGUGCUACGGCUAGCUGCUUCUGCUUGCAGACAAGCAAGGAAUCGUGUAAUUUACCAUAAAAUGUGAAAUCAAAGAAAAUGUAAAUACUUUUAAAACCGUGUACUGUGAAGUCUUUAAAAGUGGAGUUUAAGGAAUUCAACAAUCCACUUGUUUCUGAGAAUUUAAUUAUGUCCCCAAACUAAAGUCAUUUAAAGAGCUACAGGUAAGAUACUGUCUUCACUGAAACCCCCCCACUUCUAAAGUUCUGAACAUUCCCUUUAAUGACCAAAGCAAUCUUUAAUUACCAAUGAAGUUUUCUCAAGCUGUCUUUUGAAUUGCAUCGUAACACGUUUCUUCCUGUACAAUACUAACGUAAACAGUUUGUUUAUAAAACUGACGUGAUUCCAGCAAAACACUGACCUGUUCAACACUUGAAUCUGCUUUGUAACUAGUUAAUAAUUAUGAUGUAAUCAGUAAUC